GGGGAAGCCGCGGGUCAGACACAAGCCGACCGGUGGGCUCAGGUGCGACCGCUUGUCUGACCACGUGCUGUAGCCGCGGUCUGUGUUUACCAACAGGACGUCGUCAGUCCGGGUCCCGGAGCGGGGUCUUCAAAUUCGGCUUCGGCGCGUGUUCCUUCCCUCACCCCCCAGGGCCGCUGUAAGGGUCGCGACUCCCAACCUCAUUACCGACGAACCCGCGGCGGUGGCGGAACGUAACCAGGUCCAGUUGCUCAGGCACUGGCCUCCAGACAGUCCACGCAGCGGCUGUUGAGGCAUCUCGGUCUGGACCAGGGCGCGGACGGGCCGGCAGACCAGGCGGCAGCCCCUGCCUGAGACGACCGGGGACUUGAAAAGGGAGAAAACCCGCGUUUUCCAGUGUCUUUUCCAGCCGGACCGUGCGUGUUUUCAGCUGGGAAGCAGGUGUGAGGAGGACGUCGUUAAAGGCCCUGCAGAAACAUGCGUCUGGUCUGUGUGAGGAGGCCCGCGGCCGUGGCCGGUCAUUAGUGUCCGGCUGGCUGAGGUGCGAGGGCGUCGCCCCGCUCGGCCUGUACUUUACACCUAAUGAGAGGUCGGGUCCUAGCGCGUCGCGGGGGCUGUGAUAACAUGGUUGCGUGGAGCCGGACUAGUCCUGCCCAGUUCGGUCAUUACCCGACCACAGGGCACUGAAGAAAACCGGCGUUUAACAAUUUCAGAAGCCCCAUUCCAGCGUGAGCUCUGUGCAGGUCUCAGGGACGUGAUGGGAUAAUGGAGGCCUCAGCUCUUCCCUGCUGCGGAAGGUUUUGUUUUGGGAGUGUGUGGGAUGCACACGUCGGUGCGUGAAAUCCACGUCUCCUCUCGGCCUGACUCCGCCUACUUCCUGCGGGUGGACUGGAGGGGGCGGGGCUUAGGUUCGGGCUUCGAGGUGCUGCUGACUGACGGACAGGACGUGUGGCGAGGAGAAGUGAGCCAGGCAGCGGUAUGUGGGGAGGCAGAUGAGCUGGAGAUGCAGAGGGAGAGGUACAUCCGGGACCUCCAGCAGGCGCUGACGGGGACGGAGAGCUCCGUCACCUACAGCUUCACCCUGACGCCGUCCCCGCCAGACCGCAGCGCCGCCGUUACGCUGGCAUAUGAGAAGGUGCAGAAGGACAUCUCGUUCCAGUUGGGUUCUGUUUUGUUGAGGACCGUCCCAGAGCCGGCGGAGGCAGUGAGGGACUUACUGAUUCACAGUCUGCAGAGGGGAAAUACACUGGAGCACCAGAACCAGAACCUGGAGGAGGAGAACCAGAGGCUGAGACAAGAACAGCGACGCGUCACUGCAGAACUAAAACGAUACGCUGGCGGAAAAGAGGCCCUGGAGGCAGAGCUCUACUCUCGGUUUAUCCUCGUCCUGAAUGAGAAGAAAGCCAAGAUCCGCAGUCUGCAGGAAACUGUCACACACCUGCAGGAAACGAGGAGUUCUGAGGGACAGAAAGAUGAAGUUUUGGUAAAAUCGAACCAAAGAGGGGGUCAGGAGGAGGAUGAAUAUGGAGGGAGUACCGACGAGGAGCCAGAGGAAGCGCACUUGACUCCAGCCUCCACUUUACAAUCCCGGGACUUCUCGACUCCGAGCCCGUUGGACGACAGCCUGAAGGACAUCCCAGACGUGGCCCCCUGUCGCAAGCGGCGCUUUCGCCACCCCAGGGCCCCGGACCCCGCGCUAAAAAGGCCGAACCCACAGACCUCCCAGAGAAAGAGGAGCGACUCCCCUGCAGGAUCCAGUAAGCAGCAGACUCCCCAGCGCUCCGCAGAUGCUGCGGCAGCAAGUUCAGCAGCAGAGGACCUGUUUGAGGACUUUUGACCCUUCGCUUCCAGACCGCCCCGUACAGAUUAACGUGUUCACACCGCUGAUGUAUAUUGGUUAUAUUUUUAUACUGAAUUUACGGAUUAAGCGUCGCGGAUUGCGGUAAACUUACUUUUAAGCAACUGCCUCUGCAAACAACAAACAGACCGGUGGCCCCGUUAAUGGAAAACUCAACCUAAGCUGUUUUUCCCACCAUGAGCCUCCAGAACAGCUUCGGCCCUUGUUACAGAUUCUGCGAGUGCGUUGAACUCUACUGGGGGGGGGGUGAACAUCAUUCUCCCAAAAGAUGUUUUUAGACGGUGGUGGAGGAGGAGAGUAGUGGUUUCAUUACAGAAGAUUUUUAAUUGUCACAAAGUUAGGCAGAAAUAAAGAAACCUCCCCUCCCGGGAAGAAGGAGCCCGAGCCCCCCGACAGCCUGUUCACAGUCAAGUGCCAGCGCCCUCUAGCAGCUGUAGUAAUGAUGUCGGGAGCAAAGAAGGACGUCGGGAGACGGCAUCAUAGUGGGACGAAGUCCGUGUACGGAGGAGGUCGGGCUUGAUGGAUGGGUCUACAAAACAUCUAACUUAAUCACCGGAGACUGAUGUUCAUUCCUCAUUUCAGAACCUUAACCACCUGUUUAUCAACGUUACCUGCUCUUACAUCGCGACCUUUCCCCGAACCUUAAUCAAACGGUUCUUGCGUUAAAACCUAACCGAACCUCAACCACAGGGCUCGUGGAGAACACAUCACUCCACCCGUCGGGAUUCAGUCGGGUUGAGCCCUGGCAUCUGUGAAGGCCACAGCAUAUGAUUCACAUCAUUUUCAUCGAACCGGCCGGCAUUGUUGUGCUUCAUGAACUAUUUACGCAUUUGUCAUUGUGAAAUUUGUACCAAUAAACCAGGUAAAAUGUUGUACUUUUAAA